UCUCGCGAGAGAGGACGGAAGCCUGUGGGAGCCCGUGGCCUUUAAAGUGCUGUUCAGCCCUUUCCUCCGGGGGUAGUUUGUAAACACCGCGGAGCUCGGGCCUCGCCAGCGAUCGAGAGAAGCAUGAACUAGUGACCUGGAAAGGGAUACUUAGAUGGAAACUUGAAGUGCUGCUUACUUGAUUAGAGCUGAGGGAUUCCUGGCAGCAGAGUAAAUAAAGCUCAUGGCCCACCAGCUAGAAAGUAUCCUUGCCAUGAAAAAGAGGACGUGAUAAGUUGUUCAACAUAUGAAAUUCAAGUUACAUGUGAAUUCUGCCAGGCAAUACAAGGACCUGUGGAAUAUGAGUGAUGACAAACCCUUUCUAUGUACUGCCCCUGGAUGUGGCCAGCGUUUUACCAACGAGGAUCAUUUGGCUGUCCAUAAACAUAAACAUGAGAUGACACUGAAAUUUGGUCCAGCACGUAAUGACAGUGUCAUUGUGGCUGAUCAGACCCCAACACCAACAAGAUUCUUGAAAAACUGUGAAGAAGUGGGUUUGUUUAAUGAGUUGGCAAGUCCAUUUGAGAAUGAAUUCAAGAAAGCCUCCGAAGACGACAUUAAAAAAAUGCCUCUAGAUUUAUCUCCUCUUGCAACACCCAUCAUAAGAAGCAAAAUUGAGGAGCCCUCUGUUGUAGAAACAACUCACCAGGAUAGUCCUUUACCUCACCCGGAGUCUACCACCAGUGAUGAGAAGGAGGUACCAUUGGCACAAACUGCACAGCCCACGUCAGCUAUUGUUCGUCCAGCAUCAUUACAGGUUCCCAAUGUGCUGCUUACAAGUUCUGACUCAAGUGUAAUUAUUCAGCAGGCAGUACCUUCACCAACCUCAAGUACUGUAAUCACACAGGCACCGUCCUCCAACAGGCCAAUCGUUCCUGUACCAGGCCCAUUUCCUCUUCUGUUACAUCUUCCUAAUGGACAAACCAUGCCUGUUGCUAUUCCUGCAUCAAUAACAAGUUCUAAUGUGCAUGUUCCAGCUGCAGUCCCACUUGUUCGACCAGUCACCAUGGUGCCUAGUGUUCCAGGAAUUCCAGGUCCUUCCUCUCCUCAACCAGUACAGUCAGAAGCAAAAAUGAGAUUAAAAGCUGCUUUGACCCAGCAACAUCCACCAGUUACCAAUGGCGAUACUGUCAAAGGUCAUGGUAGUGGACUGGUUAGGACUCAAUCAGAGGAAUCUCGACCACAGUCAUUACAACAGCCAGCCACAUCCACUACUGAAACUCCGGCUUCUCCAGCUCACACAACUCCACAGACCCAAAAUACAACUGGUCGUCGAAGAAGAGCAGCUAAUGAAGAUCCUGAUGAAAAAAGGAGGAAGUUUCUGGAAAGAAAUAGAGCGGCAGCUUCAAGAUGCCGACAAAAAAGAAAAGUCUGGGUUCAAUCUUUAGAGAAGAAAGCAGAAGACUUGAGUUCAUUAAAUGGUCAACUGCAGAGUGAAGUCACCCUGCUGAGAAAUGAAGUGGCACAGCUGAAACAGCUUCUUCUGGCUCAUAAAGAUUGCCCUGUAACCGCCAUGCAGAAGAAAUCUGGCUAUCAUACUGCUGAUAAAGAUGAUAGUUCAGAAGACCUGUCAGUGCCAAGUAGUCCACAUACUGAAGCUAUACAGCAUAGUUCUGUGAGCACAUCCAAUGGAGUCAGUUCAACUUCCAAGGCAGAAGCUGUAGCCACUUCAGUCCUCACGCAGAUGGCGGACCAGAGUACAGAGCCUGCGCUUUCCCAGAUUGUCAUGGCUCCUUCUUCCCAGUCACAGCCCUCAGGAAGUUGAUUAAAAACCUGCAGUGCAGCAGUUUUAGAUACUCAUUAGUGACUUCAAAGGGAAAUCAAGGAAAGACCAGUUUCCAUUUAUGCGAAAUCUGUGGUUGUAAAUUUUUUUUUUACUUGAAAUUAAAUUUGGCUCUAAAGUUGGUGUAGCAGCAGUUGAUCAGACUGAACAACAGUUUUUAGUCUCUGGAAAAAGACUGAUUUUGCUUUUUUUAUAAAUAUUGUUAGAUUUAUUAAUUUUUCUGUGCUCAAUGUGUAAAUUGUAUUAUAAUUCAUUGUGGUUUAUUUCACUUUUAAUUUGGUGGUGUUUUAAUAAAUGGGGGUGUUACUGAAUCUCUUCCCACUUCCAUUUCUUUUGACCACCUCUUAACCCUCAACUGUGAUGGCAGUAUCGUUAUAUCAUUUAUACCAAAGUUCUGCAUAGUCCCUGUUGACUUUGUAAUGUUAACAAGGUCAUAAAGCACUAGCAUGAGAAAGAUAGAAAUUUGCUUUUAAUCUUUUUGCCUUUUAUUUUGCACAUUAUGCAAAAGGGAGAACAUUACUGAAUACUUUUUAAGUGAGUGAAACAUGGUAGAAGACAUACAGUGCUCUUAUGCACACUCAGUCUUAAACUAAAGAUCAAUAAUAGUGCAUUUUCUUUUUUUUAAGAUUUUAACUAGGCAUGAAUUUUGGAAUCCUUUAUCAUUUAAAAAAUGACUAUUUUUCAAGUCUUGAAUUCAGUAUUUUAAACCUUGUUUUUUAAGGCUAACAAAAUAUGAAAUUAUAUAAUGUACAAUACAGGGUUAUCAGAUAUAUAAUAAUUUUCUGAAAUUAGGUUUUUGGUUUUGUUUUGCUUUUUGGGGUUUUUUCUUUGUUUGUUUUUUUUGCAGAUUUCAGGUUUCAAACUAAGAAGUUUAUGCAUAAUCAAGUAAGGUAUGGGUGCCAGAAAAGCCUAAAAAUUACUUAGAAAAUUUAAGACUGUUUACCCCCAUUGUCUUGUACUUGCAAGCUAACUUGUACUUAUUCUUGUGAAAGCACUGUCAUCUUUUAGUAGCAAAUUUUGAUAACGUUUCUCGUGGGAAAAAAUCAGUAUCUAUCUUUAGAACAAUGUAAUUAUAAUGUGGGAAACAAGAGUGAGAGAGAGAGAGAGAGAGAGUGUGUGUGUGUGUGUGUGUGUGUCUUUCAAUAGUUUAUGCCAGCAAUCUUUGCUUGAAUGUUUAACGAUGCCUUCAGUGUGAUGCUGGCCAAUAGAUGAUUGCAAUUUAAGAUGUCAUUACUGUGCAGGCUUGGAUAACUAACAUUCCAUGAUGUAGUUUGUUUCUGAUGAGAUGAUUGUAGGUACACUUUUCUCAUUAUCCAAUCAUCUGUGGGAUACUGAGUUUUCUAAUGUGCCAUUAUCUAUUUUUAUUCUGCAGUUAUGUUCAAAAUACAGUACAAUAUUUUAAAAUAGACAAAAUUGUUAAAAAUAAAGUAGUAGACGUGUGUAAGAAAACUUUGUAAAAUAGUUAUGAGUCCUCCCCAGUAGCAACUUCUGGCAUUUGAGCAGGAUUCCAUUAUGUAAAUAUCUGUAAUGCAUUUAUAAUAAGUUGUGUAGUUUGUUCUGCAUCCAUGCUACACUAUUUGCUAAAGUCUCAGUGCCAUCUCCUAAUGAGACUGACAUUUUAAAAACCUAUAUGGAAUAUCCUUGGUAAUUCAAGGAAAUAUCCCACCUGCCUAAGUUCCAAACUGGGAAACAUUCAGAUUAUACAAAUGACAUUUCAGGACUUUUAAGUAUGAAGAUAAUAGGAAUUUUAUUGUUUGGCUUAUUAAAAAUGAGAGCAUUUUUGGUUGAUAAUUCUAAAUUUUUUUUUAUCUUUAACUGAUUUUAUAAUUUUCAAGUAAUCAAUUUCUAAUCAUGAUUUUGCCGUAGUUAUGCUAAGGAGUUGAUCUCAAAGGCACAAAAUAUGAAUUCUGCAAGAAGGCUAUUUUUUAUUGUAGUUUGGAUGGGUUAGGAAACACCUCCAUUUUUCACUCUCCUAGGUCAUUCAGUGCUUUUUUCUUAAAUUUUAUUAUUUAUGCAAGUUCAAUUAUUUGGUAACAGGAAUUCUUGCAACUGUAAAAUAAAACUACAUAGAUGUAAGAAGUCAUGUAAAUGGUUAAUGAGCUUAUUACCAAGGUUAGCAAAACUUUCAUUGUAAAUCAGUCUGUACUCAGCAAAUAAAAAUCAUUAUUAGUUGUAUAAAUCACAAAUUCCAUUUUGACUUUCAGGAUGUCACACUACUUCUGUACCUAGCAUUUUGAGUCCUUAUAUUUGCAAUGUUACACAAACUGUACUAUUUUCUUUCAUGUGCAGUUUGCAUGAGUAAACCAUCAGAGAAUAAAUUCUAUCUUUAAAUUAUGUUCAUAAUUUGCUUGUUCUUACCUGUCUUUCAUAAAGUAACAUCACCUGAUAAUGAUAUUUUUCUCCUUCAGGGUGUUUAUUACCUGAGAAGAACCUGAUAUUCUUUCUGUCUCUGUGAUAAGAUUCAUUCCUUCUCAAAGACCUUUCAGCUGCAAGGGUGCUCAGCCCUUUUUCAUCUUCUCUGCAUUCACUUUAAGCCUUAUUCAUACAAAAUGAACCUUUAUGUCUCCAGCCCAGAAUAUUCCCUUAGCCACACACAGAUGCACCAGCCCUUGGUUUAUCUUGGUGACUGCCUGACAAAAUAGAGUAUCUUCAGCACUGAACUCUAAUCUUCCCUCACCCUACCUUCAAACACAUUGCUCCCAGAAUGUUUCAUAA